AAAAGAUCACGGAUCUUAUAAAAUGAAAGCGUGCACUGUCUAGAUUGUUUGGACUCGUGAUACUCUAUGAAUCUAUCACUGGCAUACAGACGACAUCGGAGUUCACAGUCGAAAGCAAUACGAACAAUAUGAUCUCGUUUAACGGUCUGAGAGGUUUCCUCAUGUAUGUCAUCGUGAGUUUGGUUUUGAUGAUUGGUGUCACAACUGUUCAUGCAGAACUUAAACUAGUGAAUGUGGUUUUUAGACACGGAGAUAGAACGCCUGAUAAUAAUGAUAACGAGAAGUAUCCGAAUGAUCCUUACUUAAACAAUGACUUUUAUCCAAUGGGUCGGGGUCAGUUGACCAACCAAGGAAAAAUGCGAGAAUACGUACUAGGACGAUUUCUGAGACAGAAGUACGAUGCAUUCUUGGGUGAUAUUUAUAUGUCAGAAUACGUCUCGGCUAUUAGUUCGGAUUAUGACAGGACAAAAAUGUCCCUGCAACUCGUUCUUGCGGGACUUUACCCACCAAAUAAUUUACAAACGUGGAAUAAGCAUCUGAAUUGGCAGCCAAUUCCAGCACAAUAUCUACGACGCUACGAAGACAACGUUUUUCUUCCUGAGGAUUGUCUCUUAUUUAACGUUGAAUAUGAGAGAGUAUUGCAAUCUCCUGAAGGAAAACACGAACUUGCCAAAUACAAUAAACUUAUGGAAGAAUUAACUGUCUGGACUGGAAAGAACAUAUCUACACCAUGGGAUCUGUAUAAUCUCUAUCAUACGUUGAUGGCUGAAUAUUCUCUCGGUUAUAAUUUACCAAAUUGGACAAAAAAUAUAUUUCCAUACGGAGAACUAUGGAACGCCACAGUAUUUUCAUAUGACAUUGCCAACUCGACUCCUCUAUUAAAAAGAUUGUAUGGAGGUCCAUAUCUUCGAAUCGUCACAAGGAACAUGUUGGAUGUCGUAACCGGUACACAAAGGCAAGCACAGAAGAUACAUUUGUACAGUGGACACGAGAGCAAUGUUGCAGCUGUUUUGCACGCUCUUGGUGCUUAUUAUCCCCACGUUCCUGAGUAUUCCAGUUCUGUUAUAAUUGAGCUCCAUUCUAUCGAAGACACUUACUAUGUAAAGGUACUCAACUAUUUGGGCAUUCCAUCCAAAGCAAAAGACAUACAAUUACCUGGUUGUGAAGUACUUUGCCCUCUGAACAAGUAUUUAGAGUUGACAGAGAAAGUAAUGCCAUCAAACGAAGAAUUGAUUUGUGAUAAAAAUCUGUCAGACGAUUUCAUAGACAGGAAGACAAUCGACGAAUUAAACUUAUUGAAGUACAACAUAAUAAGAGGAGCAGGAGUUAUUGAAACUAAAUAACUGAUUUACAAAAUCACAAUUGUUCAACGUGAAUUAUAUUCCUUCGAAACCAAAGGAAACUUCAUCUUAGAAAUGAAGUAUGUAAAUAUGGAGUACUUUAAAAGGACUUAGAAUUGCUUUUAAUUUAUAAACCUGCGUUAGUAAUUAUACACCACCGAAACAUGCUGAAAUAUUAGGUAAGAGGGAUCUAAUCCAUAUUUUUUUCUUGUCUUGUAUUAGAUCAUCUUAUAAAUUAUGUCACC